AUGACACCCGGCCAACCCCCCUCUACACCGGACCCCCGAAAGUUCCUCCUCACCAAGAGACACCCGCCCUCGUCGCGGGACACGACGACGACGCCGGGACACCCGCGGCAGUUCCAGCCCAGCGGCGCCGCCACCGCCGCGAGCAGCAGCCAGCAGCAGCAGCAGCAGCAGCAGCAAAAGUUCCACGCGACGCCGCGCUUCGCGGCUCCUUCUUCGUCUUCGUUCGCGUCGACGCCGCGCCCGCCGUCGAGCGCGCAGGGGUUCGCGCCCGGGUUCGGGUUCCCCGGGACGAGCGCGGCGCGGCGGCAGAGGGAGGCGAUUGUCGAUGAUGGGGUCGACAGCUCGCCGACGGGCGUGAGGGGGGGGUUGGGCGGGUCUAUCGAGGAUGAGUCGUCGGCGGGGGGGCGAUCCGAUUCGGAAGAGGAGGCGGGACGCGAGGGAGGGGCAGAGGAAGAGCAAGCGGAAGAGGAAGGGGCUCGGGACUCGAGCCCCGGGGGCGAGGGGCCGACGCCGAAGAGGAGGCGGGUCGAGAUCGACUCGGAAGAGGGGGGGUCGCAGCUGUCUGAUGGGUACAGGGACGGCGAGAUACGUACUCUGGAUGAGCUGGACGAGCGCGAUGUGCGAGGAGACGAGGACGAGAUGAUGCUCGAUGCGCCGGUGACGCCUUUGCAGGGCGGAACGGAGGCGUCAGACAACGAAGACGACGACAAUGAUGGCGAAGAAGAGGAAGAAGAAGAGGUGCGUGAUGCGGCGGCCGCACGAAACCAGCAGCCUACCUUCCAGCGGCCGCCGCGGUUUCGCGCGCCAGAGGUCGAGGCGCCCAAGUCGGACGGGCUGCCGGAGGCCUUCUCGCCGCAGAGACGCGGGGUCAGGUACAUCCCCGGGGGCCUCGCGGCAGAGAUGCAGUCACGGCUCGCCGAGGUCAAGGGGUGGAGUGGGAGGCAUGAGAGACAGUCGGAGACGGCCGUGCAGUUCGUCGUGGAGGAGGUCGAGGCCGGGGGCAGGAUGUAUCUGGUCAGAGGGCGACAGCUUCAAGCCGAGGCGGAGGCGGGGGGCAUGUCACUCUCGGUGAGGCUGAUGCUGGCUGGCGAGGGCAAGUUGACGGGUCUCGCGAAGAAGGCCGAGGUUCACAAGGGCGUCGUCAUUGCGAUUGCACAGCCGGCGUGGGAGGUCACGCUUGGACAGGGCCACGGGCAAGACAGAUGGGUCGUUGCCUGUGACUGGGCUGUACAAGCGGGAUAG